AUGGCGGCGGCGGCGGGCGGCGCGGCGGGGCUGGCGGCGCUGCUGGGCAGCGCCUCCCCGCACCUCCUCAUCGUCUCCGCCGCCGAGGAGCCCGCGGGCGGCGGCCACCCCGACGCCGACCUCCUGCUCUUCGCUACGCCGCAGCCCGCCCGCCCCGGCGCCGCGCCGCGCCGGCCCGCGCUGGGCCGCCCGCCGGUGAAGAGGAAGCUGAACUUGGAGACGGAUCACCAGUACAUAGCGGAGAGCCUGCCAGUGGGCCGGGGCAAGGCCAGGAACCCUGCUAAAGGGGCAAAGUCUCCUGGGGAGAAGUCCCGCUAUGAAACUUCGCUGAACCUCACCACCAAGCGCUUCCUGGAGCUGCUGAGCCAGUCGCCCGAUGGCGUGGUGGACCUCAACUGGGCGGCUGAGGUCCUGAAGGUGCAGAAGAGACGCAUCUACGACAUCACCAACGUCCUGGAGGGCAUCCAGCUCAUCACCAAGAAGUCCAAGAACAACAUCCAGUGGCUGGGCAGCCAGGCCACUGUGGGGGCCCCUGGCCGACACCGGCUGCUGGAGAAGGAGCUGCGGGAGCUGCAGGCGGCCGAGCGGCAGCUGGACGACCUCAUCCAGACGUGCACGGUGCAGCUGCGCCUGCUGACCGAGGACCCCGCCAACCAGCAUGCAGCCUAUGUGACCUGCCAGGAUCUCCGCAGCAUUGUGGACCCCUCGGAACAAAUGGUGAUGGUUAUCAAAGCCCCCCCUGAGACCCAGCUGCAGGUCUCGGACCCAGCAGAGGCUUUCCAGGUCUCUGUGCGAAGCACUCAGGGCCCCAUCGAUGUCUUCCUCUGCCCCGAGGACAGCUCGGGGGUCUGUAGCCCCGUCAAGAGCCCCUUCAAAGCCCCCGCAGAGGAGUCGUCCCCUGGCCAGUCGCAGCCCAGAGCCUCCCCGCUCCUGCAUCCCGCCCAGGACGUGAACAUGCCACUGCUGCCCGGAGAGCAAGAGACACUGCUGCCGGGGACGAGCACGCUGCCUGGCAAGUCCCCGGCAGAGGAGGUGAGCCUUUCGCCGCUGGCCUCCAUGGAUGCCCUCCUGGAGCAGAGCAGGGAGGAUUUUUCGGGUUUCUUGGCGGACGAGUUCAUCAACCUGUCGCCGCCGCAGGCGCAGGACUACCACUUUGGCCUGGAGGAGGGCGAGGGCAUCAGCGAGCUCUUUGACUGCGACUUCAGGGACUUCAUGCCCUUGGACUUCUGAGGCUCUGGCCGGAUGCUCGCGGGGGAACUGCCAGGCGGGGGGGGCACCCCUGGGCUCCUGCCCUCGCAGGCAGGGCAGGCAGACCCUCCGGCUGCAGCAUCCACAGCUCCUCUCCCUGUCCAUUUUUGCAAUACUUUCUUCUUACCCCUCCAGCCCCCCGCCCCAGCCCGGUGGGGGCCAGCGGCUCCAGCCCCAUGAGGGGGAUGCCAGGGUGGGGGUCCCAUCUUGGGGGACCCCCAGCAGGGCCCUGUUUAUGGUGGGGGGCUGCCCAGGGCAGAGACACCCGUUACAGAGCUUUAA